GAUUCUUUGUUGAGAAGCUAGGCUGAGUGGUUUGUCUGUACACAGAUACUUCCUAAUCCUGGGUCACCUCCCAGUUGAUCAACUCUAGGUUGGUAAAAUUCCAAAGGGUUCUUCCUCAAAAUAGCUACUGGAAACUACAGAAAGAACUGUCGCUUUAAGUUAUGAAGAACAUACACCGGAACUGGAUUGAGAUACAUUUUGGACGAUGUAAAAUGUGAUGAGCAAACGAUAGGCUACAUGGAAGGACAAAAAUAGAACUCCAGUAGAUCUAAUCCAGGUAUUAGCCAGGCUAUUUUAGAACUUGAUUGAUAGUUUGAUGAAUCAUGUUUGCGCAAAUCAGGCUGUUCAGAUUGGAUGUUAAUUUGAUUGUCAUGUACACUUGUUGGGUUUCGUGUGAUUUCUGAUACCACUAGGACAUGAUUAGAAUUGGAAUGUGGAUUCAGCUGUUCACCUCAUAAUUUGAUUUUAUGGUGUGCAGCAAUUACUGGUUUAAGAGUGGCUGGAUCUACUGGUCGAUCGGUUUUUUUUUACGAGCGGCUGGGUCUGCAUUUGCUUGAGCUACCUUUCUGGCAGCAACUGAGCAGGCUGAUGGGAAUGAGUUCAAAGAUUGAUUUCCCGCCAGUUUGCAGUUGCCGAACCGUGUGUCUAAGCUUUCGUGAAAAUGCCAGUCGUUUGUGGAACCGGAGAGAACUUCAUUUGAAUUUGGGGGCCAGGAGAAGAGUUCAAUGUCUCUAGUCUGAACUCUCCCUCGUCCACACGACUAAGAAUAGCUCUGCUCGAGCUAGACCAGACAAGAAGAGCAUGCACGCACGAAUGUCGUCCUCAUCACCACCACCACCACCACCACCACUGCAUUGCAUUCGCAUGCAUUGCUAGCUCGGGCUCGGAGCUCCACCAAGCACGGAACGAUGGACACGGACGCGGCCGUGAACCUGACGGCCGCCGCGGCGACGGCAGCGGCUGAGGCCACGGAGACAGUGAAGCCGGUGGCGGCGGCGUGCUACGACAACAACCUGGUGAACUCGCAGGGCAUGUUCCUGGGGGACCAGCCGCUGCGCUUCUCCCUCCCGCUCCUCCUCAUCCAGGUCUCCCUCAUCCUGCUCCUCUCCGCCGCCGCCCACCACGUGCUCCGCCGCCUCGGACAGUCCCGCUUCGUCACCCACAUGCUCGUCGGCGUCUUCCUCGGCCCCUCCGUGCUCGGACGCAACCACGAGCUCCGCGGCGUACUCUUUUCCGAGCGCGGCACCUACAUCCUCGAGAGCGUCUCGCUCGUCGCGCUCAUUCUCUUCUUGUUCUCCAUGGGCGUCAAGACGGACAUGAGCCUGCUCCGCCGCCCCAGCGGCCGCGCCGUCGCCGUCGGCCUCGCCGGCGCCUUCGUCCCGCUCGCCAUCACGCUGCCGGUGUUCCACGUGCUCCAGCCCACGCUCCCCCAUGACCUCCGCGGCUCGUCGCUCAUCACCGAGCUCGCCGUUCGCCUCUCCCUCUCCUCCUUCCCAGUUAUCGCCGACGCGCUCGCCGAGCUCGACCUCCUCAACUCCGAGCUUGGUCGCAUUGCGCUCACCGCCUCUCUCAUCACCGACGUCACCUCCUGGUUCCUCCGCGCCUGCUUCGCGGCCACGUUCCUCAUCACGGAGGCCAAGUCCCCCUUGUUCACGGCCAAGAUCCUCGCCUCCUUCGUCGCUUUCGUCCUCUUUGUGGCCUUCGUGGCGCGCCCCGCCGGACGGUACAUCGCCUACAAGCGCACCCCGGCGGGUGACCUCCUCUCCGAGGGCUCCUUCGUCGUGUUGGUGAUCGCGGCGCUGCUGUCGGCGCUGGUGACGGACGUCAUCGGGUUCAAGUACAUGAUCGGGCCCAUGAUGUUGGGGCUUGCUCUCCCCGGCGGCAUGCCCAUUGGCGCCACCAUGACGGAGCGGCUCGACUCCUUCUUCAUCGCGCUCUUCCUCCCCGUCUACAUGGCGCUCGCCGGCUACCGCACCGACUUAUCGGAGCUGGGCGCCCACGAUGAGAAAUGGUGCGCGCUGGAGCUCUUCGUGGCGCUCUGCAUCGCCGGAAAAAUGGUGGGCUGCAUCGCUGCGGGGCUCUUCUUUGCCAUGCCGAUCGGCGAGGCCACGGCGCUGGCGCUCAUGCUCAAUAUCCGGGGCAUCGUGGAGGUGGCCGCCAUCAACAACUGGGGCGACACCAUGAAGGCCUCGGCGGAGCACUAUUCGACGCUGACGGUGUCCAUGGUGCUCAUUACGGCGGCGGCCACGCCGCUCAUCAAGCUCCUCUACGACCCGACAGGGAGGUUCGCGCGCGCCAAGCGGCGGACAAUGGAGGGCGCGCGGCCCAACGCGGAACUCCGCGUGAUGGCCUGUCUCUACACGGAGGACCACGCCGCGCCGCUCAUCGACCUCCUGGAGGCCUCUGGUGCCAACCACGACUUCCCCGUCACCCUCAUCGUGCUCCACCUCACCGAGCUCGUCGGCCGCGCCGCCUCUGUGCUCAAGCCCCACAAGAAGUCGUCCUCCUCCACCUCGAACUCGCCAUCGGACCGCAUCGUGAACGCCUUCCGCCACUUCGAGCAGCAGGCGUCGCCGGGGGCGGUGACGGUGAGCCCCUACGUGGCCCAGUCCCCCUACAGCUCGAUGCAUCACGACGUGUGCUCGCUGGCGCACAGCAGGAAGGCCAACCUCAUCCUCCUCCCGUUCCACAAGUCCUCCGACGGCGCCCGGAGCACGGCCAACAACGCCGUCCGCGCUGCUAACCGCGCUGUGCUCCAAUACGCGCCUUGCUCCGUGGCCAUCCUCGUGGACCACGGCCUGGCGGCGGGGUCGGCUUGCGCGACGGCGUCCAACAGGAACCUGCUGCAGAGGGUGGCGCUCUAUUUCUUGGGUGGACCCGACGACCGGGAGGCCCUGGCGUACGCUGCGAGGAUGCCGGAGAGCGGCGGGACGGCGGUGACGGUGGUGCGGUUCAAGCUGCGGAACUGGGUGGGCAUGGGCGGGCGCGACGAGGUGAGGGAUGAGGAGGUGCUCCAGGAAUUCUGGCAGAGGUACCGGGACGACGUGAGGGUGGUGUACGUGGAGAAGACGGUGGAGGACGGCGAGGGAACGGCGUCAGUGGUCAGGUCCAUGAGCGACAAGUUCGACCUGCUGAUCGUCGGACGGCGAGGGGAGGACAAGGACCUCGAGGGGUCCGCGCUCACCAGCGGCCUCUCGGAGUGGAGCGAGUGCCCGGAGCUCGGGGUGCUCGGCGACAUGCUCGCAUCUGCUGAGUUCGCGUCCAAGGUGUCCAUUCUGGUUAUCCAGCAGCAGGCCGUGCUGAUCACCGCCGCCGGCGCGGGAGAAGCCGAUCAUCAACAGUAGGGACUGAUUCGACAGUGGCUCGUCGUUACAUUGUUUCUUUUCUUGUUGAAUAUGUACUUUAGUGUAGCACGACAUAGAGCAAACCUCUUGUUGGGUUUAGAAUUUGUUGUACUGACGAAAUUGUGAGACGAAGAUGAUACAUGCAUUAUU